AUGUUUGUGUAUAAAUUAGGUGAUUUCAGUAAUUUAAAGGAGCUGGACAUAAGUUAUAAUGUAGUUGAUGCAGCAGCUACUGCUGAAGUUUUACUGCUAGGCAUCAAAAACUUGAGCCACUUAGAGAACCUCUACCUAAAUGGUGUCCACUUGAAGGACGCAGGGACCGUCCUGCGAGCAUUAGGGGCAUUGUCAUCCUUCAGGAUCCUUUCUCUCCAGGAUAAUACAGUAGAAGGAACAAUUACUGCUCAAGAUUUCCAUAACUUCAGUAAGUUGGAACAGCUCAUCUUGGAUUAUUCUUCGUUGAACACAAGCAUGGGAAUCCUUUCCAGCCUUGGUCCUGUGACAUCUCUUAGAUUGUUGUCCUCAUCCAGCACUGGUCUAAUUGGCAACCUAUCAGAUCAGACCUUGUGCAACCUGGUAAAACUAGAAGAGCUAGAUCUUAGCACUAACAGAAUUACCGGCGAGCUUCCUGCAUGCUGGCAAAACAUAACCUCUAUUCGGGUUCUGAAUCUUGAAGACAAUGAAUUCACAUAUAGUGUCGCCUCAUCUCCCCUCAUUGGUCUUACCUCACUCGAAUUUCUUUCCAUUUCGAGUAAGUAUUUUGAUAUCCCCUCAUCACUCGGCCCACUUGCAAACCAUUCAGGCCUUAAGGUCCUGUUGCUUGAUGACACCAAACUAACAAUCGAUACCAAAGUUGUGUCUUUGAUCCCAAGGUUCCAGUUGAAGGUUUUUAGUACGUCAAAGAGUCCAUCGAGAGGAUUCAAAUUGACUUCUCUGGGCUUUCUCAAUCAUUAAUAUGACCUAAGAAUCAUGGAUCUCUCCUCGAAUGACAUUCCAGGUCCCUUUCCAGCUUGGUUGUUGGAAAACAAUACUAACUUAAAAAUGCUUUCUUUGUCAAAUAACUUAUUUACGACACUUGAGGUUCCACCAAUGACCCUUUUUAAUCUUUCGGUGCUAGACAUAUCCAACAACGGCAUGAGAGGAGAGCUCACUACCAAAAUUUGUGCAAAUGUCCCAAAUUUGUUCUACCUUAUUCUGUCAGCCAACAAAUUGGAAGGGAAUAUUCCAUCUGAACUGGGUAGUAUAAAAUCCCUACAUUUCUUAGACCUGUCUAGCAACAAUUUCUCAGGGGGACUACCUGUCCAAUUACUAGAUAGUAACUCAUCAAUAUAUAGCCUCAACGUAGCAUAUAACAACUUGCGAGGAGAAAUUGUAUUUUCCGACGACACCAUGAGCCUAAAUCUAACAGAUCUGCGGUUAGACCACAACAUGUUCUAUGGAAAUCUGUCCUUUCUUUCAUCACUUGUAAAUUUGUGUGUAUUGGACAUUAGCAACGACUUUUUCAUCAGCAAGCUUCCCAGAUUAAGUGUAAACAUGUCAUUUCUUGUGGCCCUUGACUUGUCCAAAAAUCAGUUGGACGGCCUCAUCCCUAGGGAACUCUUUAAUCUUGCUUCGCUUGAGUUUUUGGAUUUGUCAGACAACAAUCUCUUUGGUUCAUUAGCAUCAUCUUUUAUAGCACCCGAGUUGAGUCACAUCCAACUAUCUAGGAACAAAUUGAAUGGUUCAAUCGUGCAUGUGCUCUCUAACAGCUCCGAAUUGGUGACCUUGGAUCUGAGUGAAAACGAGUUCUCCGGAAGCAUACCCUAUUGGCUAGGUAACCUCUCUCAAUUGAGCAUUCUUUCACUGAGAGGUAAUAGCUUUGGUGGAACAUUUCCCGAGCAAUUGUGCAGAUUGAAAGACUUAAGUAUGAUCGAUCUUUCUAAUAACAAUCUAUUUGGUCCAUUGCCCAGUUGCUUGGGACCCAUGAAUUUCUCCAAAGGAUACACCGAUAAGAUAACUUCAACACCGCAUGCCGAAAUUGGAAUUGAAGAGUGGUCAACUUGGUCUUAUGUGAAGGCAAGCCGUACCAGGGACAGUAAAAAAAUAACGGAAGUGAAUGCAUUGCAAGUUCCACAUACUGCUGGAUUCACAACAAAGAGAAGGUUUGAUUCUUAUAAAGGCUAUGCACUCCUUGAAAUGGUUGGACUAGAUUUUUCUCGCAACCAAUUCAGCGGCGAGAUCCUAGCGGAGAUUGCAAAUUUACAGAACAAGCUUGUGCUGAACCUGUCGCAUAACAAGCUUACAGGACGUAUACCGAUGUCAUUGUCGAGCCUCACAAAGAUAGAAAGCAUUGACCUUUCCUACAACAACUCGAAUGGUUUUAUCCCUGAAGAGCUUACUCAGUUGAAUUCCCUGGAAGUCUUCAAUGUGUCUUACAAUGACUUGUCAGGAGUCAUACCAAACAAAAAUCAGUUUGGGGCAUUCGAUGAAAGCAGUUACUAUGGAAACCUUCUUCUGUGUGGACUACCGUUUGUCGUGACCUCCCCGAACUGGCCCCGCCGCCUAAGGAACAAUGAUACAUUGGAGACGCACUCCGAUAAUCCCAAGAACGACAACUCAAAAGGAGAGGCUUGA